AUGGAAGUGGAUGAAAAUUACGAUGAAAAUGAGUGUAUUUUAGUAAAUACACACAAUAAUAUGCUAGGUAUCGAACUUCUUGAAUACAAUGGACAACUUUCUAUUAUUAAUAUACCAAUUAAUUUAGAAGUUGGAGUUAGUUUUCUGUCACCUAAAAUAGCUGACCAUUAUAUCGAACAAUAUGCAUUGCAGCAAUAUUUCAUAAUUUUUAAAGCAAAAUUUGAAGUUCAUAGUGAUAAAAUCUUUCGGAAACGAGUUUUCAAAUGUGAUAUGGGAGGUCAUUGUAAACAAAAACUUUCUGAUCCGGCUGUUGGCAGUUCAAAAAAAAGG